AUGGUUCCAAACUUUGUUAAAAUCUUGGAUAUUGUGUGUGGCCUUGUCCUGGUAACUGGCCUUCUGGUGCUGAUCCUGCCGUGGGUGGACGUCCUGGACCACCUGGCCCUCACACACCCCGCCUCCCCCCUCCUCACGAUCACUCUGACGAUCGCGAUGGUGGUCUGCUACCCGGCCACUGACAGAUGGACGCCCGCACGCGGAGACACGACCGUCAUCGUGGGAGUCGGCUGCGGCUCCCUGCUGGGCUCGUGGCUCAACUACCAAGUGGGCGUGACGCGCGAGCCCACCCUGGCUCCUCCCUACACCGUCAUCUGGCCCUCCCUCAACAUGGCCGGCCUCUCCCUCCUGCGCACCAUCCUGGGCCUCGUGGUCAUAGUGGCGGUCAAGGCGAUAUUCAAGGCACUCUCCUUCGCCACCAUCUGCGCUCUGCUUCAGGUCAAAGCAGAAGACUACGUCAACAAAUCGGGGAGCCUGACCAGCCGGCACCGCCUCAUUGUCGAGCUCUUCUACAAGUUCAUCACAUACAUUGCUAUUGGAUUCACCAUUGUGUACACGGGCCCCCUAGCGUUCAGGCUCAUUGGCAUUGAGAGGCCGACCUUCUACACUGAAGUCUAAAUGGACUAUUUUUGUGUUUUUUGUUUUUUGUUUUUUUUUCUACUUCUUGUUUGUCUUCAUCUUAUUCUGACUUUUAUUCUUAUCCUUAUUUUUAGUUGUAUUAUUAUUUCUAUUCUUAUUCUCUGUUAGAGGGUAAGGUUGCAUACCGUUUAGUGUUCUCUAGAUGAGGAGGAGGAGGAGGAGGAGGAGACAGAAGAGAAGUAGAAGUGAAAAGCGGUGAAGGUGGAGAAGGAGUUGGAAGGGGAAGGGAAAGUUGAGGCGGAGGAGGAGGUGGAGGAGGAUAAGGAAGAGAAGAUGAAGGAUAAGGAAGAUGAGGAAGAGGAGUGUUGUGAAAUAUUGACUUUGUGAUUCUCUUUCCCCCUGCAUGUGUCUCUUUCUGUGCUGGCUGUUAUUAUGAUUAUUAAUUUGAAUAUGAUUAUUGUUAUUGUCAUUAUUAUUAUCAUUAUUAUUAUUGAUAUCAUCAUCAUUAUUAUUACCUUCAUCAUCACCAUCAAAAUUACCGUCUUUUUUUUCCCAUGGUAUUCUACACUGCAUAUUUUUCUCUCUCGUCAGCCUCCAAGCAACAGGCUGCCUCUUCCCAGUCCAUGGAAGGUUUACAGCAAGACUUCUGUUUCUUGGUGGAAGCUGUGUUAAACAAACAUUCAUUUACAUUGCUUUUUCUUGUUUACACGCACAAGCACAUGCACACGUACUGUAUGUUUUUUUCUUCUUCUUUUUUCUGCAUUUUCUUGUUUACACGCACAAGCACACGCACAAGUACUGUAUGUUUUUUUCUUCUUUUUUUUUUCUACUUUUUCCUUUUUUUUUCUGAUCAUAUGUACUCAUAGGAAAAGGUUUUAUUUUGAUUCUUACCUCUAUGAUUAUUAGACCGUUGAAGAGGAAUUAAUAGCUAUGUGAGAAUGAGGAACACGCUUCGGUGGGGAAGUAGUGUAAUCAUGAGAAAAUAGUUAUAUGUAUAUGUAGGUAUGUAGGUAUUUUUUAUAAGCAUUACCCUUUGUGAACAUUUUUGUGGUUGAGUGAGGAUUUCUUGCUCCACGUACUACACGUAGCAACACCUGUGAUUAUUGUGAUACAUGUGUAAUUUGUAUGUUCCUUUCAGUGGCAUUUCCAUUUACUUUUUCCCUUCCAGAUAGUGUUGUUCUUUUCUUGUUGUCUUUCUGGCUUUUACUAAAUUUUCUCUCCUAUUUACGUGUUUCACCAAAGUUUGUUGAUAGUUUAUCAUUGCUAGGGAGUGUUCAGGAUUUCUCUGCCUCUCUGUCUCUCUCUUUCUCUCUCUUUCUCUUUCUCUCUCUCUCUCUCUCUCUUUCUCUCUCUUU